AUGUCCGGCCAAAGCCAACGUUUGAAUGUUGUUCCAACUGUUACAAUGCUUGCAGUAGUGAAAUCUCGCCUCACUGGUGCCACUAGAGGCCAUGCUCUUUUAAAGAAGAAAAGUGAUGCUCUGACUGUGCAGUUCCGCCAAAUUCUCAGGAAGAUUGUCUCAACUAAGGAAUCAAUGGGAACAGUUAUGAAAUCUUCUUCCUUUGCACUAACUGAGGCCAAGUAUGUUGCCGGUGAGAACAUCAAGCAUGUUGUCCUAGAAAAUGUCCAGAGUGCCUCUGUUAGAGUUCGAUCACGCCAAGAUAACGUCGCAGGCGUUAAGCUACCCAAGUUUGAGUAUUUCACAGAAGGUGAGAUGACAAAAAAUGACCUGACUGGACUGGCCAGAGGAGGUCAACAGGUACAAGGCUGCCGUACUGCCUAUUUGAAAGCCAUUGAGGUUCUUGUUGAUCUUGCAUCUCUCCAGACAUCAUUUCUAACACUUGAUGGAGCAAUCAAGACCACAAAUCGUAGGGUCAACGCCUUGGAGAAUGUUGUGAAGCCAAGAUUAGAAAACACGGUGAUUUACAUCAAGGGAGAACUGGAUGAGCUGGAAAGGGAGGAUUUCUUUAGACUAAAGAAGAUACAAGCUUACAAAAAGAGAGAGAUUGAAAAGCAGCAAGAAGCUGCUAAGAAGUUUGAUGUUGCUAGUGAAGUUUCUUCAAAGAAAGGGGCACCACUUUCGUCAUCCAAUAGUUUGGUAUCUGGAAGUCAACAGAAAGAUGAAGACAUAAUUUUCUAA